AUGAUACUAAAACAAACAAUUCAAAUAAUUCACACUAACAUCAGGUUACAAGUACAGAAUAGGUCUCGCACCAAGCGCCAUGUGGCCACCGAAAGAUCACCGCACCCGAUCCCGGUCAGAUCCGUCUUUGUCACCGCAACAGUCGAUAAGGUUUUGCUAGAGAAAGCGAAGACGUUGCUCGGUUCUCUCGGCAACGUGGUAACACCAGCUGGACUUGUACCGCUCAAUCUAAUGGAGGUUCAGAUAGAAGGUAAGGUGCCGUUCAAAAACGUGCUGCCCACGAAUGUCCAACACCACGCUGUGCUAUUCAUCAACCCGAACAAGCCGUUCAAGGGAAAGUCGACCACCUACUUUGUCAAGACGGCCUCGCAGAAGUCUUCGAUCAUCAGGAAGAUACUGGCGGCGUUUAAACCAAAGGGGGCUGUACUGGUAUUCGUCAACAAUCACGCUGAAGUACCCGACAUGCGAACGAUACUGGAACACAACAACUUUGCUGUCUCAACGCUGGCCACAAACGUUACCAUUGCUGAGCGAGCACGAGGACUUAAAGCGUUGAAGCAUUCUCGUCACCUCCAAGGAACACACAUCCUGGUGAGCACCGAGAUGGCUGCCAGGGGCUUAGACCUGCCUGUGCUGUCCAUGGUCAUCAACAUGGACCUACCGACGAAUGUGGUCAGCUACGUGCAUCGUGCGGGAAGGGUCGGUCGGCUGUUGCCCUCUGAAGGGAAGGAGGACCCCACAGCUCAGUAUUGCCAUGCGAUGACCUCAGGGACAGUUGUGUCGAUUGUCAGUCCUACGGAAUUAGAUACAGUAACGGAAUAUGCCAAUCAGGCUGAUGUAGAAAUAUCAUUGAAGCGACUCCAGUACGGAGAAGCAGUCGAUAUCAACAGCGCAGAUGCUGAUCGGCCCAUUCCAGCACCCACUGAUUAUUAAAAUAAUGUGGAACAG